UUACAGGCACCAACAUCUAGAAAUGCAGACUAUUAUGAAAAGAUCUCUGACCCCUUGGACCUUGCCACAAUCGAGAAGCAGAUCCUGACUGGCUACUACAAAACUGUGGAAGCUUUUGAUGGGGACAUGCUGAAGGUCUUCAGGAAUGCAGAGAAAUACUACGGCAGGAAGUCCCCGACGGGGCGGGACGUGUGCCGGCUGCGCAAGGCCUACUACAACGCGCGGCACGAGGCCUCGGCCCAGAUCGACGAGAUCGUGGGGGAGACGGCCAGCGAGGCCGACAGCAGCGAGACCUCGGUGUGUGACAAGGACAACGGGCACGAGAAGGACGAGGACGUCAUCCGCUGCAUCUGUGGCCUCUACAAGGACGAGGGGCUCAUGAUCCAGUGUGAAAAGUGCAUGGUGAGGGGCACAAAGGGAGGCUGAUCCCCACAGAGCUUUUUGCUAAAAAACAGUUUGAUAGGCUGAAUUUGAUAUAGCUGCCUUCACUGUGUGAAAACCACAUAUGUGAAAUCUCCAAGGUAAAGCCUAAAGUAAUGGAGUACUGGUCAGCACUGUUAAAUCAUGAAUCAACCUAGCUUUUAUUGAUUAAGUCUGAUGGUUUUGGUAAGUAUGUGAUGAGUAAAGGCAAAGUCAUGUAUUUAAACAUAUUCCUUCCACAUUUUUCAAUUUUCUUACAGCUGCCUUUCCCUAUUUCAGUUAUAAACCUUUUCUUCAUGAGGCAAUUCAUUAUUACAAUGAAGAAGAAACAAUAUAAUGUGAAAAAAUAGCAUGUUAAAGUGACUGUUCAGCCUUGCAUAUUGAUCAAAGCAAAGCAGAACUUUUCACCAGCAGUUCCCAUGUGCUUGGGAGCAUUAAUUAAAUUCUUCAGGCCUUUUACUUCCUCUUCACAAGAGGAGAGAUUCUCUUUUCACAAGAGAAAAUGCAACUUGAGUUGAGCAGAGGAGAUGA